AGUUCGUUGGAGUCUUUCGUUACGAGAAGAUCUCACAGUUUCUGCCAUCUCGCUAUUAAUAUUAUCCCUAAAGUUAAUUUUUUUCUUCUGUGUUACCAUCUCUCGUGCAUCAUCAAUUAGUGGACAUUUUUAGUAUACUAGCUGUUUUAGCGUUAGUCGCAAAAGGUGUGUGAAGAUUGAGCUUUUGUGCUGUGGGAGUGGGAAAGUGGUGCAAUCUGGCUCAAUAAAAUCACAGAGAAAAGGCAAUUUCAGUGGUUGGUGAAUGAAAUUGUGCGAGAAUUUCUCAACCAAGUUUCGUGACGCCACUGUGUCAAUAAAAUUUUAACAUAUUCUAAGUGUUUUUGCACCAAGAAAAAAAAAAGAAACACACCUAAAGAAGAUCCCCAUUGACUCCACGGGAUUUUUGCGAGGGAAGGUGAACGCACAAGUGACGGUGUGCACAGUUUAAAAAAAAAUCACAUACAUAGAGUGCCUCAUAAGCCAUGGAGAUGGAAUUAAAGUGAUUUUCUGGGUAAGGUGUGCAAGAGGAAACGGAAGACCAUCGAUCGGGUGGCUAUGUAUGGAAAUUUGGAGUAAAUCUGCUGGAGAAGGUUGUGUAUAUGUGACGAUUGACAAUGACAUCAAGCUAUGAACGGAUUAAGUCGGAAUGCAAAAAGAAAAAUCAACUCUGGGAGGAUCCGGAUUUUCCGGCAGUACAGACAUCAGUUUUCUACCAUCAAACACCACCAUUUACAUUCCAAUGGAAGAGACCACAGGAAAUUCUUGCACAGCCUGUCUUCAUCAAUGACUCCACCACACAGUUUGAUAUUACACCAGGCAAAAUGGGUGAUCGAUGGCUCGUCUCAUGCCUGGGAGUUCUGUAUUUGUCGAAGGGGCUCUUUUACCGGGUCGUUCCAGCAGACCAGAGUUUUGAGUCACCCUACUACGGUGUAUUCCGCUUUCGGCUGUGGUGGUGCGGUGAAUGGGUGGAAGUUCUAGUCGAUGAUCGAUUACCAACGAUAAAUGGCAAGUUGGCCUUUCUGCAGGCACAGAACACCAAUUGCUUCUGGCCGGGGCUACUGGAGAAGGCAUAUGCCAAGCUGCACGGGAGCUAUGAAGCUCUCAAGUACGGCACUCUCCUGGACGGUUUGGCCGAUCUCACGGGCGGUAUCACCGAAUCCAUUCCCAUUCGAGCGGACAAUGUACCCAUUCGUCCAGCCAUCAUGUAUAGCCUCCUGGACACCACGAGUAUCGUGACAUGCACUGUAAAUACCAGCACCAAUACUGCCCAAAUACGCAAUCAGCUCGAGAAGUUGCCCAGCGGCAUCUGCGUGGGCAGCAACUACCGACUGUGCUCUCUGGAUAAAGCAGAAACUCUCAUGGGGGACUCUGUGCAACUCGUACGCCUCAGGGAUCCCAUGUCCCUGGGUAAUUUCGGAAAUGGUGGUGGCUAUAACGGAGACUGGUCAUCGCUAUCUAACUCCUGGGAUAGAGUAUCCGUUCAGGAGCGUGAUCGCUUACUCGGUCAGCUCGAUAUAGGCGACUUUUGGAUGUCUUUUGCGGAUCUCACGCAGAUUUUCACACAUCUCGAGUGUGUCCAUCUUGAUUCUGACACAGCUCGCGAUGAGCCCUCACUUUCGGAUAAAUCUCGAAAGUGGCUGAUGCGAAUGUAUCAGGGCGCUUGGAGGAAAGGAGUUACAGCAGGUGGAUGUCGCAACAAUCCAGAUUCUUUCCACAUCAAUCCUCAGCUUCAACUCUUCCUCAACGAGAAGGAGGACGUGAUCAUUUCGUUGAAUCAGCACAGUGUAAUGGAGCCCAAAGUGAUUGGUUUUACACUGUACAACCUGAGCACGGUGCAGAAUAAGAUCUCAGAAUGCCUUCCGAAGUCCUUUUUUAAGAAACACAAAAGCCUCCAGAAUUCACAAUACACUAACUCUCGGCAAAUCAGCCAAAGGUGCUGCCUCGAUGCUGGUAGAUACCUCAUAAUGGCCACAACGUUCGAACCCAUGGAAGAGUCUGCGUUCUCGGUGCGCGUACUUGGCUCCUCAAUCCGCCUAUCAUUGCUAGAAACGCAGACCAUGCUUCUUCUAGAUCCAUUUCCAUCCCUCAACGCCUCCCAGAAGAUCCAGGCCGAUCUCAGCGGCAGUGGAACGGCUCAAUACGAACCUGUCUUUCUUCAGCUCGCUGAUGAUCACAAAACCAUCAACUGUUAUGAUCUCCAGGAACUACUCGAGGCUUGUCUGCCCAAUGACUACAUCAAGUCCUGCGCCAGUCUUGAUGUCUGUCGUCAAGUUGUUUGUCUUAUGGACAAAACCAAUCGUGGUCGAAUCACAUUCACCGACUUCAAAGUAUUCAUGGUGAAUCUGAAAUCCUGGCAAGGCGUUUUCAAGAUACACACCAAGGAGAAAUCAGGCAUUUUGCGUGCAGAACGUCUCCGUGAUGCUCUCUACGAUGUUGGCUUCCAACUCUCUACGGAGAUACUUUCAAUCCUCGUUCUACGUUACAUGAGACGCGAUGGAACAUUGCGUCUUGGAGACUACGUCUCUGCGAUCUUACACCUCACAAUGGCAUUCGAAAUCUUCAAGGUGAAGGAUUUAAAUCAAGAUGGCGUCAUCAAACUUGGUCUAGCAGAGUGGAUCAAAUGCGCUCUAAUGUGUUAAGCCUCAUACAGUGAUUGUAAUCUCCGUACGAUCACGAAUUCUUUUGUACUCAUCUUCUUGUUAAUAAUUUAUAAAUUUUUAUCUGAGGAUAUCUAAUUUUGCUAUCGAGACAAUAAAAUGGCAUGAAAUCGUGA